CCUGAUAUGGCGCUACUAUAUGCUUCAGUUAUUACAGAUAUUACAGGAGGUUUCGAAGCGCAGGGUAUGGCGUGGGUGGAUGGCUACCAUCAUAAGCAGGAUAUCGGUGGUGCAACGUCACGCAUUCAUUCGUUUGGAAGCAGACCUUCACGAUGCAUGGAAACAAAGUCCUUAUACUAGGCGUUGUGUUAGCGUUUAAUAUUGUAACAUCUUUAGGAGAUGAAGCAGGAACUGGUACUUGUUUUAAAGAAAAUGACUCUUGUGUGUCGAAAUCAUCAGAAGAUCAGGAUAAUAUUAAUAAUGAUUCUACAUUCCGACUGAAUGAUGCUGGUAGUGGUACUAGAGUGGAAAGUCGAUCAAAUAGUAACGAUUCGUCUAGGAAUAAAUCAGAAAACAAUGUGACAGAUAUUAACAAUAAUAACAUCAAGGUAGAUGCGAAGAACAAGAAGAAGCAUUCCAAGCAUAUUGAUGGGAGUGCAAACAACCCUCACAGUGAUGUGUGCGUUUUUAGACCACCGAAGCCUCGAUAUCCACUGUCCAGGUCUCACCAUUUCAAGCCGGCAUUGAGCUUUGGACACUUGCUCUUGCAUGAUCCACCGAUGGAAGGGCCGCUAGAACUGGCCACCUUCGGGCUUGCCUGAUUUUGGCACCCCGAGGCACAGUUUGGCUGUGUCUCGGGGGUAGUGCGCACCAGGGUAGGGUACAGCGGUGGAAACACCGAGGACCCCACGUACCACAACCUUGGCGAUCACACAGAGAGCAUACAAAUGGAGUAUGAUCCAUCAACCACCACAUUUGAAGACUUGCUCAGACUGUUCUGGAAAUUUGCUGAUCCAUUUACUUGUCAGAAGAGGCAGUACAUGUCAGUUAUAUUUUAUCACACGGAGGAACAGAAGCAGAAGGCAGAAGAGAGCCUGGCUAAAAUACGAACCGAUAGCCCUCAAGACAUUGUGACAAAAAUUUUACCCGCAGGAAAGUUCUACAAAGCUGAAGAUUAUCAUCAGAAGUACCUUCUCAAGCAGCACAGCUGGCUCGUGAAGAGCCUGGACCUGGACGAGGACGAAGUAGGCAUAGUGAAGUCUCACGUCGCCGCGCGGCUCUCUGCCUACGUGAGCGGCUUCGGCACACACCAGGGCUUCCUCAAGGAAGCGAAGGUUCUCGGCCUCGACAAGGAUCAGAUCGACUACAUCGUCGAGGAGAUGGGGUGGUAGACGUACGCCGGCCGCGCUUGUGGAGGGACGGCGCGUUCUCUGUGCAGAGAUCGAUCCUCACUCCAAACGGAUGCAGGGCUCGCGUGACGAGGUCCGGAGUAGAUAAUGGUGGAGGAGGUGGGGGGCGUGCAGUCAAACCUGUACGUAAGUAACUGGAUGUUUUGAAUGAAGCACCAAAAUGAUUGAUCUUUGUAAACAGGUGACCGUUCUAUAGAGGUCGUUUUACUGCAUAAUUGUCACUCAUAGGAAAUGACAGAAGAGUGCUUUGUAGGCAGAUGUUCCAUAGAGGUGUCCACUAACACAGGUUUGACUGCACUAGCAUACCUCGUUCAACGACUGGCAUCAAUAAUAGCGUCGGCGGAUAUAAGUUUGUUAGUUGGAUAUGGAUCAGGAAUUAAUAAUAUUUUGUCAUUAUUAAUUGCUGAUAUGGAUGUAUGAAUAUUGAUGUCUGUUAUCUACUCCUGGUGAUACCUCUGAGGUUGGAGGCACUGCGGUGGGAGCAUACAGGCGAUUGAGUUGGAGUUGUGAGGAUUGGACACUUGAAAAUUGAACGUCUCGUGGAAUUUUGCUAUUCGUUCAAUGUUUAGCAUUGCCAUAUUCCAGUGAGUUUUAAGGGAGCAGGAAUUAUUUAAAACAUUAGGUAAUUAUUUUCACAGAGAUGGAUGAAGCUCGUUGGCUGUGUUAAGAGUCGCACAAUUCACAUGAAUCUAUAAGGAAAAGAUCUGUGCCCUUUUGACAUGUCAUUACUAGCAGGUUCACUGGCAACUGUUAUCACUGCCUAUAUUUAUUUAGUGAUAAGUGAAGCCAAAAAAUGUAUUGCCACUCUCUGAAGUAAAGAAAGUCAGUCUGGCUUUUAUUUCUAAAUAAUUAAAUUACUAUAAAAAACAGGGUUAUCAUGGCAGAGCUAGCAAGCAUACAAAUCUACAUUUCAUACCAAAUGCGUGAGUGCGCGAUCACGUGGUGAAAUACAUUAGUUGGUAUAAAAAUAGUGUAAUGCACCAUUUGAAGGGAGUGAGCUGCUAUUAGUGUAGAACUGUGCUCUUAUAUCAAUAGUUUGGUCAAGGUGGGCAGGAAUGUCACGUGAUUAACCGGUACACGACAAUAUAUCCAUCGUAGAGAGAAUGUGAUUUACAAUCAGCAUGAGAGGUAAUAGCAGUGUACUUGCUCGAGAGCUUGCGCAUGCUUAUUUAUUCAUAAUUUUAUUUCUUUACAUUUACCUUUUAAAGUUAUAAUAGCAGUAACGCAUAUUUUAUCGCCAUGGUCUCGUCCUGGAAAGACGUUUUACAAUUUACAUGAAUCGGAUUGGGUAAGGUCACUGUAUUUUACAUGUUGAUGCACGUGUAGUGAUGUACAUACUUAUUUGUACGUGUGAGCACGACCAUAUUUGGAAUGGUAUUUGCGUCGUCUACCCGGUGUUUCACAUCAGUUCUCACAGUCACAGCUACAAACUUGUGCAUUCUAUUGGCAUUUAUAUGUGGGUUACAAGCAUGAUUAUGAUCUCUACUGGUAUGAUAAUGUGUCGAUAUUUAUAUUAUUUGUGUAAUAUUUUGUAGCUGUUCUAUUAUAUCUAUAUAACAGGAUCAGACUCUGGGGCCCGUUGUCAGAAACGAAAUUAGUUUUAACAUUAGUCUUAACAUUAACUUUACGAUGUUUCUGACAACUGCUCCCUGAUCAUUAGAUUCGCGCGUGUCCAUUGAUUCUCGUGCGUGAAUCGUCCCCACUAACUUAUCGGCACCUAGUCAAUAUUGUGAUAUUAGUAUUGACGUCGGUGGCGCCAUCUUUUGCUAAUGAGGAGUACCGGUGUCACAAAAAUCAGUGUUGUGCACGUUUCACUGUGUGACUUGCUCGUAAGCCUCACAUGUGGGACACAGGGCACUGAAUGUUGCCUAGAACUGCACCAUUGCCUCCUGGUGACAGGUUAGUAUCUUAGCUUUAGAUUUAGGAAAUUAGCUGCCGCAGCUAAGCUGUGUGUAAUGUGUACGUGGUGUGUAAUGUCCUAUGUGUGAGCAGGAAGGAGAAGGGCAAUGUCUAGCAGCCGACGCGUGUAGGAUGGGGUUUCUACACCGACGCCUAGCUAGGUUCGUCAAGACAGCCUGUCGCAUCGUGUCGCCGUGUACGUCGCUACUAUAUGAUACCCGUAGGUGUAAAGCCGUGAGCCUUCGGGUUGAUGUUUGACUGUGGUGGCGUACAUUCACGCACGGAGCGACUGCGCUGCGUUGCAUCUUUUCACGGUUACGCGAAUGGGGUUAAUUUUAUUUUAAAUAAAAUUCAUUUAUGUACACAAA